UUUACUGAACCUUUUUUUAAUUUAUGAGUACAUAAUUAAGUCAUUGCCUAUUAGUAUUUUUAAUGUUAGAUGUGAACCAUCGUUGCGUUUCAGAAAGAUGAAGCUAGACCUCCCGUAGAAGCGAAUCCAUCCAAGGGUGACUAGUGAAGCUACUAUGUCUAAGUCUCACUUCACCACAAAGGAAGUUCCCUCCAAUGAGGCUACUUCCUCCAAGUCUUAUUCUGUAGUUGACUCAUCAGGACCUCAAUCAACAUCUUGCUUCACUGUAGGUAAUGUCAUAGAAGCUGCCAAGACAAUGUCUGAUUGUUCAACUCUUUGUGAUGACAGUAGCAAUCAAAUUUUUGCGCAUUUCUCCUUAAAGAUUAAGCAAGAAUUUUUAAGACAGUCGCAAUUAAAAAAACUUCAGUCAUCACAUUGUAAAAGAAAUAUUAGCAAUGAAAAGAACAGAAAAAUGGACAAAUUAAGAAAAAGAAGAUGGAGGGAAUCAGAAGUGUUGAAGAAACAUGAGAAUAGAGCACAAAAAAUGUUUAAAAGGGAAAAAAGAAAAGAUGAGGAGUAUAGAACAAGUGAGUGUCAAACUGAGAAGACAUUCAAGAAAAAGAAGAGAGAAAAUGAAAAGUAUAGAAUAAAGGAGCAGCAAAAUGAGAAGACAUUCAGGAAAAGGAAGAGAGAAAACGAAGAGUAUAGAACAAGUGAACGAGAAACUCAAAAGAGGGAGGUGGGAGACCUUCAUACAUCUUCCAAGAUGUCACAAAAGGUCUAGCAACCAAGUAUGGAG